AUUAUAAAUUAUACUUAUACCCUUUAUCAAUCAUGGUAUCAAAUACACGUAAACCACCGCUAAGGCAACCUUUACGAUCACAUUUUCGUACUCAAAAAGCUGGUGGGACAGGUCAAUUGAAUAGCAUCAAGGAAACAACAAAGGUAUCCAAAGGAAAAGCAAAGGAAGAAUCAAUCACAACCAUAAAUGAAGAACCACAAAGACCAUCCACACCACCUCCACGCACAAAACCAUCUACACAGGGAUCUUGUUCUUCUUCCAUAAGUGAUCCGCCCGGUGCUUUCUUCACGCCUAGAACGCCUCCUCGUACACCUAAACCCAGAUCGAGAACAUCCACUUUACCUGAUGUGGCAUUAUUGGAUCCGGUUCAACGAUCUCCAAUUUCAGUCAGAACAGAUCCGGAUAAUGGAAAGUUGUUCUUGCUAUUGCCCAGUAGUCCCAGCAGCAAGAUUGUUAGUACACCGCCAUCCCGAAGAUUGUUCGCUGAUGAACUUUCAUCCGAAGAAAGAGUUGCAUCCACCUCCAAGUCAAAUGAAGAACUACAGCCUGCUCUCAAAAGAGCAAAGAGAAGCUUUCCUGAGCCAGAAGAGGAAGAGUACUUGAAUCCGUUCAUAGGUGGAUUUUACGCAAGUCCACGAACAGAACGAACGACACAAGCAUCAUUUAUCAAUCCAUCCACUUCUUCCGAUAUCCAGCUAAGUGCGAGCAAAAGUCUACCUUUUCCCGCUCAUCACGCUACGCUUAUAGCAUUACAUUCUGCGGUAGAGUAUGCCUUGGUCGUGCAUUUAGCAUCAGUCGGAACGGCAGGAUCCACGAUUGAAAAUGAUUCAAAAUCAAUCGCAAUUCCACAUUUAAUUUCAUUUUCCGUUUUACGUCCUUUGGUUGAACGUAGUUCAGGUAGAAAGUUUAGUAAAAAUGAAUUGGCUAGACUUUUAUGGAUUUGGGGCGCUGCACCUGCGAAUGAGACGAACUCAACAGCAGUUUCUCAAAUUCAGAAAAAUAAUAUCGGAUUCACAAUCUCAAAGGCACGCAUACGUUCUUUGGAUUGGAUGUUGGGAAUUCGAAUUUCUGCAAAUGCUACUACGAACAGGGAAGUGAAUUUGAUCGCACUUUGGAAUAAUGGCGGAGAAGAUCGAAAACGGAUCGUGCGUGAACGAAUGAUGGAUUGGUGUUUGAGAUGUUUAUCUACUUGGCGAACACAACAACAGGGUGGUGGUUCGGAAGAUACAUUGCACGGUUUGGGAAUCUUGCCUGACGCACCACCGCCAUCAAAGGCUUCUGAACCUGCACAGCCCGCAGACGGAGAAGUAGUAGCAGAGUGGGAUGCUGGUUUCCCGCUCGAUCGAAUCGCUCCAAUCCCAUUGGCGCAAAUGCCAUCGUUGGAAGUGAACAGUAUACCCUCUUCGCCUUCCCUAGGAACGUCCUCCCCUAAAUCACCACGCAAGACCCGAUUGGACUUGGUCCGAGAAGCACAUCAAACGGUCAUUGCACAAAACGAAGAAAAGCUAGGACGAAAGUUGACAUUAAAAGAACGUAUACGUGCAAAAGAACAGGCGAAUGCAGUAGCCGGACAAAAACGAUCAAGAGAUGAUGAAAAUGACAGCCCGCUCUCCUCCUCAAGCUUUUCCACUUCUGCUUCUUCUGCAGCUGCAUGUGCACGACAAAAAGCAUCUCUUUCAAGACUGCAAGAUGUGGCUGAAUCGGUUUAUAUGUUGUUCGUUUCAACUUCCGGGUCUGGUUCUGGAUCUACUAGAUUCUCUCCUCAUCCAUUACAAGAUGUAAUCAAAGCAAUCACAAAUGCAAGUAAACAGGCAAUGGGAUUCAAUGAAGCAAAGGCUGCCUUGCAUCAACUCAGCUCAAUCGCACCGGGUUUCAUCGAAGUGGAAAGGAUAGGCAUGCGGGAUUGGGUAAAAUUUGUCGGCAAUUCGGAACCCAAUCGAACCACUUUGGCUUCCGUACGUCAAUCAAUCAAAACAGAGAUGGAAAGGAGAUAUUCAUAGCGCUUUUUAUACUUGUACCUAUAUCUCUCAAUUUAU